GCGCCAUGUCUUCUCACCAUUUUCCUUUCUUAUAUACCAGCAAAAAGCUGGCUAAAACGCUUCUCUCCCUUUCUGAUUUCCUAAAUUUCCUAAAUGGGCGCUGCUACCGCGGCGACUCACCGGCGGCGGCGAAAGUCGCCGUCGUCUACAUUCCAGCUGUCCGUCAUUAUCGUGCUUGUGAACUUGGUGCAGUUGAGCUCAGUUCGGAGUCAACCUAUCGAUAACGGUGCCGGCACCGCCUCACAACUCGAUAAUCCCGCGGUAGUUGAUUUAGUUACUCGAACUGUAUAUAACCGUAUAUACAAUCAGACGCACAACCUUUUCGACAACGAAUUUGCGGAUAAAUUCAAAUUCUGCAUUCUAAAUCGAGAUGAAGAGUGGGAUCAUGCCUUCAAUUACUCAUCGGAUCUCACUUUUCUCAGUGCUUGUGUUACCAGAACAAGAGGGGAUAUUCAACGAAGACUGUGUACUGCUGCAGAAAUCAGUUUUUACUUCAGUAACACCAUAACAUCAGGGUCUAAUUAUUUGAAGGCCAACAGAAACUGCAAUUUGACCUCUUGGGUUCCAGGUUGUGAACCAGGAUGGGCAUGUAGCACCGACCCAGAUCAGAAUCCUGACCUAAGAGAUUCUCGAGAAAUACCAGCAAGAACUGUUACUUGUCAGCCUUGCUGUGAGGGUUUCUUCUGUCCUCACGGUCUUACUUGUAUGAUACCCUGCCCUUUAGGUUCCUACUGUCCACUUGCCACGCUCAAUGUGAAUACUGGAAUAUGCGAACCAUAUAGUUAUCAAUUACCUCCUGGGCAGCCAAAUCAUACUUGUGGUGGGGCAAACAUUUGGUCUGAUGUUCGCAGCAGCUCAGAGGUAUUCUGUUCUGCAGGAUCAUAUUGUCCAACAAAUACAGAGAAGAAUCCUUGUACUAGUGGGAAUUACUGCCCCACAGGUUCUACGGCUGAGAAACGAUGCUUCAAGUUGACUUCAUGUAAUCCGAACACUGCAAGUCAGAAUAUUCAUGCAUAUGGGGCAAUGCUCAUUGCAGCUUUAGCUACACUUCUCCUUAUAAUUUACAACUGUUCGGACCAGAUCAUCACCAUACGAGAAAGGAGACUUGCUAGAUCCCGGGAAGCAGCUGCAAAAGUUGUAAAACAAAAGAUACAGGCACGUGCAAGGUGGAAAGCCGCAAAAGAGGCUGCUAAAAAGCAUGCUGUUGAAUUGCAAGGUCAAUUGUCUCGCAAAUUUUCUCGCAAGAGAAAUGUCACAAUCAGUGACAAGGUCAUGAUAAUGAAUCAGGAAGAUACUGAUAUCGAUGGUAAUUCAUAUUCAUCAAAGGAGCACAGUACCUCUUCAGUGUCCAAGAAUUCGCUAAGCACGUCUGAAGUAGAAGAAUUAGGAUCCAUUCCCUUGAUGGAGGUGAUAAAUGAAAUUGAAGAUCAUACUUUUGAUAGUUCAGAAUCUUUCAGUUUGGAAAUUAAAGAAAAAAAUUUGAAAACCAAAAAGCCUAAAGGAAAAGAAAUUCAAACUCAUAGCCAAAUUUUCAAGUAUGCAUAUGCACAACUUGAGAGAGAAAAAGCGCAGCAACAGCAGAACAAAAACCUUACUUUCUCUGGUGUAAUCUCUAUGGCCACAAAUAAUGAUUACAAGAAAAGACCUGUAAUUGAGAUAGGGUUUACAGGUUUAACUGUUACCUUGAAAGGUAAAAAGAAGCAUCUGUUACGAUCUGUUAAUGGAAAAAUCAUGCCCGGUCGUAUUACUGCUGUCAUGGGUCCAUCAGGAGCAGGGAAAACUACUCUCCUUUCAGCUCUGGCAGGAAAAACUGUUGGAUGUACAAUUUCUGGUUCCAUCCUCAUAAAUGGAAAACCAGAACCAAUUCAUUCGUACAGAAAAAUCGUUGGUUUUGUGCCACAGGAUGAUAUUGUGCAUGGAAACUUGACUGUCGAGGAGAAUCUAUGGUUCAGUGCAAGGUGCAGAUUGUCAGCAGAUUUGCCAAAGCCAGAUAAGGUUCUUAUUGUUGAGAGAGUCAUUGAUUUCUUGGGCUUACAGAGCGUGCGGGGUUCCUUGGUUGGAACAGUGGAGAAGCGAGGUAUCUCUGGAGGCCAACGGAAACGAGUUAAUGUUGGGCUAGAGUUGGUAAUGGAACCAUCACUUCUAUUUCUAGAUGAACCGACAUCUGGACUGGACAGUGCAUCUUCUCAAUUACUUAUCAGAGCACUUCGACGUGAAGCCCUUGAAGGAGUCAAUAUCUGCAUGGUUGUCCACCAGCCAAGCUACACCUUGUUCAAGAUGUUUGAUGAUUUGAUACUCUUAGCAAAAGGUGGUCUUGUAGUCUACCAUGGUCCUGUAAAGAAAGUUGAGGACUACUUUGCAGGCCUUGGUAUCGAUGUACCCGAACGAGUUAAUCCUCCAGACCACUUCAUAGAUGUUUUGGAAGGGCUGGUCAAACCAACCACCAAUUCAAAUGUGGACUAUAAAGAGCUUCCCGUGUUGUGGAUGCUUCACAAUGGUUAUUCUGUGCCCCCAGAAAUGCAACAGAGUGCUGCUGUACUUGCAUCUUCACCAGUGGAUGUAAACAAUGGCAAUCAAGCAAUUUUUGAUCAUGUAACAGAGGAACAUUCCUUUGCUGGGGAAAUGUGGCAAGACAUGAAGACUAACGUGGAGCGCCAACGUGAUAUUAUACUGCACAACUUUAUGAGGUCAAAGGACCUCUCCAACCGGAGAACUCCAAAUGUUCUUCUGCAAUACAAGUACUUCAUUGGAAGGAUAAGCAAGCAAAGAUUACGUGAAGCAAAAAUGCAAGCAAUAGAUUAUCUCAUUCUCUUAGUUGCUGGAGCUUGCUUAGGAUCACUAACCAAAGUGAGGGAUGAAAGCUUUGGCGCACCUGGCUAUACACACACAAUAAUUGCUGUCUCUUUGUUAUGCAAAAUUGCGGCUUUAAGGACAUUUGCAUUGGACAAGUUGCAGUAUUGGAGAGAAAGUGCUUCUGGCAUUAGUAGCGUUGCUCAUUUUGUUGCCAAAGAUACAAUAGAUCAUUUCAACACAGUGAUUAAGCCUGCUGUAUAUCUAUCAAUGUACUACUUCUUCUGCAAUCCAAGAUCUUCUUUCGCAGCUAAUUACGUUGUGUUACUCUGCCUUGUGUAUUGUGUGACUGGAAUGGGUUACGCAUUUGCCAUCUUCCUAGCACCUGGUCCCUCCCAGCUGUGUUCGGUACUUGUUCCUGUGGUGUUGACGCUCAUUGCAUCUCGCACCGAUGGUGGUAAAUUCCUCAAGGUCUUGGCAGAUUUAUGCUAUCCAAAGUGGGCACUGGAGGCAUUUGUCAUCUCAAAUGCCAAAAGGUAUUAUGGUGUGUGGCUCAUAACACGUUGUGGUGCACUUAUGAAUUGGGGAUACAGUCUCCAUGAUUGGAGUCUUUCUUUGUGCGUUCUCCUCCUCAUAGGUUUAGGUAGUCGUAUCAUUGCUUUCAUCGGCAUGAUAAGUUUCCAGAAGAAGUGAAAAUUGAUUAUCCGCGUCGUUUUUCUUUGUAGUUAUCAUUUAGUUGCAUAUAUCAUAUGUAAAUGUAUAUAUGUAUUGUUCAUCUUCUGCAAUGAAAUUCUUGAGCUCUUCUAUCCUUUUAACAA